AUGGCUGAAUCUUCUCUCUUCCAGAGCAUCCCGGACUCCGGUCACAAGUACUACCUGCAGUUCACUACUGAAGACUACAGAAGCAGGGAAAAUGCCGGGAGCUGCCUGGCUACAGUGUUGUACCCGAAGAAGUCCUCUCCGCCUGUUGUCAAUAUCAAGUGCACGCAUACCAAAGACCAGAAGAAAAUCCAAGAAGAAGACAACAGACUUUACCAGAAAAUUAGGCACCAAACCAAACCAAUAACUGGAAACAAUAUUCCAGACAGCUAUGGAAACAUUGAACCUGCCCUGGAGCCAGUGUGGGCUCUGGCUGUUGCUGGCAGCAGUUACAUAAUGUGGGGGAAGUCAACGGAGAACGUGGGCUACUCCAUGGCACAAGUCAAGUCUGCGAGGCAGUGGAUAAGGAGAGAUGACUUUAUCGAGUUCGACUACACUGUCCUGCUCCAUGAAAUCCCAACGCAGGAAAUUAUUUCAUGCCACAUGCGCCUCACUUGGCUUCCUGGUCAUCACUCUCUGAAAGUGAAAUACUUCUGUGCUUCAGAGAACGACGCGUUCGAAGACGGAUCUGGAACAGAGUCCGGAUCAGCCGCUGGGACUUCACAUGAAAGGGGAGCAAAUUUUUAA